UUUGUGUCGACAACUUAUUUCUCGGUGUUUGAUUCAUCUGAAAUAAAGGUUGAUUGCCCCGACAUCUGAAACAAAAAGUUGUGCCUUUCAGAACCCUCGACGCUCGCUCCUGCACAGCAGAAGUUCAUCUUGUCGGUAUGAUCUAUUGCAGCGCUAAAUUACCAAAAAACGAAGCUACAUCGGUGAUAUUUUACUGGUUUUCAAUAUAGUUCGGGCUCGGCUCGCAACUGCUUCUCAAAGUGAGAUCUUUUCUCCACUGCCGCAUUUGAUUGCGUUUCGGACCGCCAGCAAGUUGUGGCUGAAGCACUGGAUCUCGGUCUCGGUCUGGAUUCGGUGGCAUCGGUGCCUUUAGUGCUGUCAUGGCGUGUGAGUCUGGAGACUUUGAAGAGUCGGUGAUCACGACUUUUGCGAAUGCUAAUCACGCGCAGAACAUAAAUAGUGUACAUUGAAUAUUUUUAAACAAAGAAUCAAAAGCGCAGGAGCCAUGUGGCGCAGCAACCGAUUUUGUUUUGUGGCUCGCUUGCAGAGUUGUAACUAGCGGUCUUAAAAAAUUGUCUCAAAGUUUCCUUUAUGAUUUUCCACUGUAUAAUCGGCCAGCUUCAACAUCAUCAUCUGUGCCGAUGUACUGAGAUUUUUGCUUACUACUAGAUCCACUUAUUUAAUGUGAUUCGUUUUUCGACCUAGAUAUGCUUUAAUAAUUUUUCGUGUCAAACAAACACGCGUAUCAAAGACAAAUAUGUCGAUGUCCGCUCGCACCUCAGAGGAGCAGCGGCGUUUGUUGAAUGCCCAGGACAACGACAGGACCUCCUAUGGAGCGGCAGAGGAGGGCGGUUCUAAUAUUCGCGGCAGCGCAGCGGAGGCCCAUGGAGGAGGUGUUUAUGCGUGAGAAAAGUUUUAUUGUCAUUGUCUUGCGUUUUUCGGCAGUCUAGGGUCAAAUUCUGCUUUACGGAUCUUUUUCUGAUCUAUAAUGGAGAGACAAAAUGUAUAAAUCCCGACGCAAGAAACUGUCCCCCGACGCUCGCGUGCUAAAUGUAUAAAUCCACAGCAUCAACAUCUAUGCGCCGUGAGAAUAUACAGCAAUUGGGCCCGCCCUGUGGCUGUGCAACAUGUUCCUUUUCUUGCGCAUAGAGUCCCCCGCCAUGGACGCGGGUCUCCGAGAGUGGCCGGUGCCGGUGCAAGAAAAGGUGGCCCGGCACCAGUACAGCACGUCCACGGUAAAAUGAACAGAGGCCCGCCACCCGCGGCGAACUACAUGGGAGGUGGCCCGCCGCCGCCCAACUAUAAUAUGGGAGGUGGCCCCCCACCGCCCAACUAUAAUAUGGGAGGUGGCCCGCCGCCGCCCAACUAUGAUAUGGGAGGUGGCCCGCCCCUUGGUCCUCCUCUUCCGCCGAACUACUAUGCCAUUCCCGGCGCCGGACCACCGGCGCCUUCUAACUACUACGACCCGAGUAUGGAAGCGUCAGAAUCGAAAUCGUCAAAGUUGAAAUAGUUUGUGAUGCAUAAAGUGAUGCCAGUUGUCACUCAGUUUCUAAGUGGCGUAUGACAAAUUUGGGUAGAACCGAAACCGAGUUUGUCAUGCUGUUUAGGUAAAGAAGACGCCUUUUGUUAUGCUACCUUGGCAGCUCAGUUUCUACCCCUCAACAGGCUUACAGUCUGCCUCACUUACCUACUCUGCAAGACAAGCACUGCGUGGGCUGCAUUUUAUGCAUGACAAAUCAAUUCAGCUAUGUCGAUUUCGAUGCUGACACAUCCAUACCGAGACAGGCCGCGGCGCCGAGAAAUUACGAUGCCAACCGCGGCUUUGUCCCGCAACCGCAGCAGAUGAUGAUGCAGAGGGCCCCCACGGCGCCCUUCCCGAACGAGGUACCCGUAAUUUUCCAGACGGGAAUCAAGUACCAGUUUAACUACACCACGCUGGGCGCCUGUCCGAUUUUUGUCAAGGGUUCGCACCAAUGCGUGAGCAUCAUCCGGCACACGCUGGACCAAAUGAAGGGCGUGCAAAAGCGCGCCGCGCGGCGGGACGGGAAAAUGUUCGACUUUGCGCGGACGGAGUCCUUUAUCUCACAGAAUAAAGCAGGCAGAGGUCAUGCUUGUAAUGCAAAACUAAAUAGACACAAAAAGAAACAAAAAGACCCGCAUAUCCGAAGUAACACACUAUAAGCUCCUUCAUGACAGAUUUUUCUGCUAUAUGUUUUUUGCAUUACAAAUACGUCCUGCCUCCUUUUUUCUGCAUGAUAUCCUUUCUGUUCGGCGUGUACCUGGUGGAUCCGACUAACGGGCAGCUGCAGAUGGCCGCGACGAAGCCCGAGUUCGACCGUAGUAACUGGGAUUUCAAGACGUACGGCGACGACCACGAGUCCGAGCGGUUGCUAGGCAGUGCGAAAGUAUCGCAAUAGUACAAAUCGCACGACAAUAAAUAAUUUGUGAAGAAGAAAACUGAUUCGAAUUCCCCAUGCAGAAUGAGGCAUGCGUGAGCAUGACUGCGAUUUUUAGAAGUACGAAUGCGAUGACUUUGCAGUGCAUACUUGUACUUCGGAAACAGUUUGCAACGCCCCGUGGCGCUGCUCCACGCUGGGACGUUCGGGUGCUGCCCGGGCUGCGGGUGCGGGGAGCCGUACGUGGAGUUUGUGCGGAAGCUUGGGCGGCCGGUCAAAGAUCCCCACCACAUCAUGGCCUCGAAGCGGUACGGGAGUAGAUGUAGAGAAAAGUAUUUCGUACAACAACCAAAUCGACGCACACUGGUACUAGAAAGAACAACUUUGUUCGAGGGCGUCGUGUGCACAGAUGCAAGGCACACUCCUGUCAUGAUUUUCCCGCAUCGCAUAAUUCUGUUUUGCAGAAUGACAAACAUAGCAAUCGCGUCUUCGCUCUGCAUUUUUCCAACUUGUCGCGUACGAGCAGCAGGGAGAUCUUGUUCUGUACCCAUUCAUUACUAAGCUGCGCAUAAUGUAGUACAGUGCUGUCGGAGGUAUACCUAUACCCCUGGCGCCGACGAGUGUGUGAAGAUCAUGGCUAGUAGUAGUACAAGUACUUUUCACGACACUUGCAUAAGCGUGAAAUGGGGUGGAGCACGGGCCGGACGGAGUUUUAUGUCGGGCCAAAAGGGGGGAACGGGCCAGCCUGUGUCCGGGUGGAGUACACAGACAAGCACACGGAUCCUGUAACCAUCGAAAUUCUGCAGGCGUGCACGGGCCGAGCGUCGGAGUUUGAGAAGCAGUUGGCCAUGCUGUGCGGCGUUCGCUACGCGUGCCGCAUGCACCAGCAAAAAAUCGAUAAUAGUGGAUGUUGCUGAGUAAGUGGCUGUGAUGUCCGGGGGUGAGUCUCUUUUGUAAGUAACUAUUUUAGCCAGCGAUUUCUGCAUACGUUUACGUUGUAUCUACCACCUGUGAUCUUCUGGUUGAGUAGACUCACAACUUUUUUGGUCUUUUAUGAAGUCUUUUAGGAAAGCAAAAUGCACGGAGCCGUGCCUUUUGUGAAUGUGGUAGUUUCAACAUCAUUCCCGAGGGCGGUGGUGCUCGUCGUGAAGUGGUCAUGGUCUCUUUGUGAACAAAGAUUGUGAACUUCAUCCCAAUUUUGCUCGCGCUUCGAAAGAGGCGGAACAUUAAACCUGACUUUUCAGGAAGGAAAGCACAUAGUACUACGCUAUUCCGUGCGCAGAAGAUGAAGGAGGAAAUUCUUGUAAACAGAUCUUUGCAAAAUAAAUGCGAUCGCCGGGAGGUCUCUUUUUCGGAGGUGCUCGCGGCGGGGGGUGUUAGUUCAAAAAAUACCAUGGGGUUGAUAUUGAAG